AUGACCAGUCAAUCUCCGUUCGACCUCCCUUUUGACCAAUUGCCUAAUCCCAAGCAGGUCUGGGUCGGCAAACCGGGUAGCUAUGAGGAAGGACUAGGGAGACUAGCCAUCCUGACUCCAGAGGUAGUGGCUAGGGCGGCCGCCACCGAAAUCAAAACUGGCCGACGAGUCACCACGAAUUGGGAGAUGACGAAAUUGGAUUAUCCCAACUUGAAUCGCCAGCCAUGUCACCAUCAGAUUGUACCCUUACUGGGCGGCGUGGCAUUUGACGAUAUCUUCACUAUGAAUCCCCAGCAAAGUAGUCAAUGGGACGGGCUCCGGCACUUCUCCCAGACCGUCCCUGGACAAACGGAACGGUUGUUUUACGGUGGUACAACCGCUGCCGAAAUUAAUGACCGCAGCAACGAUCGGAUCGGUCUGCAGCACUGGGCGCGAGAAGGUAUUGCCGGCCGCGGAGUGUUGAUCGACUACGCGACAUGGGCAGCGAGAAAGGGGAUCACGUAUAGCACCUUUUCCACUCACCAGGUGAAAUUGUCCGAUAUCCUGGAAAUAGCCCGGGAAUGUAACAUCACAUUCCAAAAAGGAGACAUCCUUUUCGUUCGCGUCGGAGUCACCAAGGAAUGGGAGACCGUCAUGACCGACGAGCAGAAGAAAGCCUACUCCGACAACAAGGCCCCGGAACAUGCCGGUGUCGAGGCGACCACAGACGUUCUGCGCUGGUUGUGGGACACUGGAUUUUCAGCCAUAGCCGGAGACGCCAUUAGCUGGGAGGUGUAUCCGCCGCAAAACCCAGACGUCUUCUUGCACGAAUACGUCCUGGCGGGAUGGGGCAUGCCCAUUGGCGAACUAUUCGAUCUUGAAGCGUUAGCCCGCCUUUGCGAGGAACACCAGCGCUGGUCGUUUUUCGUCUCGUCAGUGCCGCUGAACAUGCCGGGUGGGGUGUCGUCGCCGCCGAAUGUGAUGGCAAUUUUCUAG